AUGCUUCCCGAGAAGUUCCAGCACAUUCUCCGUGUAAUGAACACCAACAUUGAUGGCCAAAGAAAAAUCGCCUACGCUCUUACCGCGAUUAAGGGUGUCGGUCGUCGUUAUGCCACAGUUGUAUGCAAAAAGGCCGACGUCGAUGUCCGCAAGCGAGCUGGUGAACUGACCGAGGAUGAAAUUGAAAAGAUCGUAACUGUGAUGGCCAAUCCUCGCCAGUAUAAGAUUCCUGAUUGGUUCCUCAACAGGCAAAAGGAUAUCGAGGAUGGCAAGCACACACAGCUCCUCGCUCAGGGUUUGGACAGUAAGCUUCGUGAGGAUUUGGAGCGCUUAAAGAAGAUCCGUGCUCAUCGCGGUUUGCGACACUACUGGGGUCUCCGUGUGCGUGGUCAGCACACCAAGACUACCGGUCGUCGCGGUCGCACCGUCGGUGUAUCUAAGAAGAAAUAA